UUACGACCCACCUAUGCAUCACAGGAUAUGUUCCCGACAUUUUGUUGAUGGCAGUCCAACACCUGAAAACCCAUAUCCCACGUUAUUUGCUUACAAUAAUUACAAGGAGCCUCUACAGAACAGAAGCUCAACAUCCAUCACCAAACGUUCAGCGGCAGAGAAACGUAACGAGUUCCUUGAAAAUUCACACUUGAUGGAGUCGAAUGAAGAGGCAGCUGAUUUUCAGUCCUACAAUGAUAGCCAUAGUCAGUGUUAUAUGGAAAUGGAAUGUGUGGAUUUUCAAACCCCCCCUGUUGUGUCUGAAGAGACAGUGGCUUCUGCGUGUGAAACACUGAACACAGUUGUGCAACCAUGCCAGCCUGACCAUGAGUAUGCAUCUGCAGCUGUAGGUGAAAGCCAUGGACCAGAUACAGUUGACAGUGGAAUACAGACAGAUAUAGGGAUGGAGGAAAUGGAGGAACUCAUGGCUCUAAAGAAGAAGUUUGAAAAUCCUGAUGCUCUCAUGAGAAACCUCUUCAUUGAAAAGGUCACAGCAACUGAUAGGAGUGUAAAGCAGUACACUGGUAUUCCAUCAAAGUCAAUGCUACAUGGAUUGUAUGAAGUGUUAGAUGAAGCAUCGCCCAACAUUAAAUAUUGGAGUGGACAAAGCAGUGCUGAGGAAACUCCAUACCAGCAGAAUGCGGAUAGGAGGAAAACUGGACCAACAAGAAAACUGUCGAAAUAUGAAGAAUUUAUUAUGACUUUAUUCGUUUACGCCCAGAUCUCCUUCUGCACAGUCCAGAACUUAUAG